GUCAGCCAGCUGGUAUACCAAUAGGGCUGCCGCACCCUGCAGCGGACAGGGGUUCCGACCACGGUAUCAUAGCAUCGGUAGUGGAGUGGGCAUGUAUGUCAGUCCUGCAUGUCAGAAACAGAGCUGCCAUUUGCUUAUGUCGGUAUGCUUCGAGAAGAAAUCAUAUGUAGGGUCUGACUGUUCGUUUACCUUUCUCUUUCCUUCGCAGUUUUUUGCGAAUUACACGCAUACAUCUCAUCUACCUGCGUUUAUCCGCAUGAUCUUCCUGUCGUUUGGCCAGUCCAGUAUGAGAGGAGAAACUCAUAGUCGAGUGUAAUCUAACACCGAGCGAUGUCGUACCAAUUACGCCCAUCACAACAAUCGCCAUCGCAGCAGGAAGCGGGAUACGAUUCAUACAUCAACACCAAUACGAAUACAUACAGCCAGGAAUAUGGCUAUGGCUACAAUCAUGGCCAGCAUGCCUAUGUACAAGGCCAACCGCAGCAGCAGCAACAGCAACAAUAUCAGCCGGGUAUGACGCACGCUCACUCGCAACCGCCGUCACCGCUCCCGGCCCCGCUCGCGACGACAUUUUACCCACAAGACGGCAUUGCAAGAGCGCAUACAUGGAUCGCCAACCAACCCCCCGUCAUGUCUCCGCCGGCGGCAGCCAAGACGCCGUUCAGCGAGUGGACCGGGCCUACGGGUACGGACAGCACGUUCGACCGGCGGACGACGACGCUGUACUCGCCGUCGAUGCCGCCGCGGCCGCCGAGGGAGGACGCGAGGAGGGUGUGCGGCGUCAAGCGGAACACCUUCUUCAUCGUCCUUGCCGUCGGCUUGUUCCUGCUCGUCGUGGCCGUCGCCGUCGGGCUGGGCGUCGGCUUGGGCACGAGGAAGAGCGUCGGCGUGGCUGCUGAUGGGGCUGCUGCGAAUUUUGGCGCGGACUCUUCGUCAUCUUCACUAUCAUCCACAUCCACCACGCCAACAUUAACGACCUCAACAACACCAACACCGACGAAGACAUCCCCUACUCCAAGCUUCACGGGAGCCGAGAUAGCGGGACCGGUGAUCUGCCCGCAAAACAACAACACAGUAUAUGUAGCGGAGGGCAGCUCCAAGCCGUUCAACGUUCAGUGCGGCCGCGACUACAGCUCGCAAAACGGCGCGCGCGAUAUCAAGCACAUGCACCAAUCCACCAUGGCCUCAUGCAUCGACGUCUGCGGGAACCGCGAGGACUGCGUCGGCGUCGGCUGGGGCUACUACCAGGGCUCCUUCGAGUGCUGGAUGAAGAGCAAGCUUGGCGAGCCGAACUGGAGCUCCUCAUGGUACUUUGCGCAGUUGCAGGAUAUGCCUAGUAAGUAGGAGACCGCGGCCACUAGGAAAGGUGAAAGGGCGGGUUUAUAAGGUAUAAAACACCUCGGGUGAAAAGUGAUCGGUCGGCGUGGUCUGAGUGAGUUUCUUGGAAUUAUGCGAGGCGUCUGGCGUAGGAUUUCAUGUGAUAUCAUUAAUACCUACAUCGUAUCUCAGGCAGAUGCCUAAGGAGAGGUAUGUCUAGCACGGAGAUAUCACUAUAUAAACGUGAGAGGGAGGUAGCUGGGCUAGUCGUCCCGACGACCUGACGGUCGAAAAAGUGUGAUGAAUACGCUUCUAGUAUAAAAUCCCAUACCUAAUUUGAUUAAGCCUCUGCCUGAAGUCUAAAUCUGUGAUGGAUGGGAUGUAUUAUGCAUCGGAUGCCACGGUGUUAACCAUGGUGUUGAAUGUCAGUAGUGACAAUCCGAAAAAGCUUCCCGUGCGACGCUGCCGCAUAUAAUCCUUAAUUUAUUCAUGAAGAACGAGGCAACUGGCUCAGUAUCACUUCUGACAGCUCUCAUGGUGCCUGCUCUUGACAAAUAGCGCACAUACUGCUUCUUAUUUACCUCGAUGGCAUAUUGGCGUUGCAAAUUAAUAUCUCUCGUCGGACUAUCUUGGUAAAUGGCCAAGCCAUGGCUUUAAUAUGAGACAUCGUUCUCCUAUUAGUUAUCCGAUU